GCGGUUCUGCAAGCGGCGGCGGGAGGAUGAAUUGUCAGGGUUAAUCUCCUCUUGUAUGGACGGGGACAUAUAUGAUAAGUGGGGUGAGCAUAUUGACCCCAGGAGCCCGGGAGGAAUCAGGCAAGAGGCUCUCCGGCGAGCAGCAGCGGGGCCCACAGCACCCCCGACGAUGUUUAGAAUGUGGCAAGAGAAGGAAGAGCCGACCGUAAGGGUCGAGGAGAUUAUGGGGGAUAAAGAGGAGGUCAAUCAGCGGCUAAUGGCAGGGACUAUAAGGGAGGAGCCAAUAGUCGUUGAAUCGGAUGAUGAGGGGCAGGAAGGUGAAGGAGAGCCGGCCAUACUCCUCUUGGGGAGGAUGGAAGAGCUGCUGGAGAAAGUGGGGAGAUACCAGCGGAAACUGCAAGCCCUGUGUGAAGAAGCCCGAGAGUGGGAGGCCAACCUGCCUGAGGUCUUUCUUUAUAACUCCGGGCCAGAGCCUUCGCCAGGACAACAAGGGUGCCCAAGAGUGGCGACUGUAGGGACGGUCCCUAGGUCAGGUAUGACCUACAGACCCCCCACGUCGCAUGGGAGGGUACCGCAGGCGGCUCGGACUAGGAGCCAAAACAAGGUUGGGCCUAGCCAAGAGCCCCGUCAGGCACCCCCUCGAAAGGAGCCUGAGCCAGAACAUAGGAAAGAGAUGGUGGAGGUCCCGGAGGAAGAGGAAGAGGAUGACGAUGAAGAGGAUGAGAGGCUCCGACAAGAGGAGGAUCAGCGGGCGGAGAUGAGGGCCAAAAAGAGAGGAGCCCGGGAGGAGGCCGAGCCGAACCUACCCGACAGCGUACCUAAGAGGAAGAAGUACGCGGUUCGGAUGGAGGAAGGUUUUGAUGUCGAGCGGAUGGUGGACAAACUCCUGGAAGGCCACAAUGACCUGAUGAACCUGAAGGACAUCCUGGCGUUGGCACCAAGGCUCCGUGGUGAGUUGAAAGGGCGACUCUCGCGAAGGUUGGUGCCAAAUGUCCAUCUGAGCACGGUCCUGCCCAGGGAGGUAGAGUGGACUGAGGCAGGGACAAGGAUGGAUUGGAAAUGUGUGGCGUGCGGGAAGGUGGAUUUGGUGAUAAGGAACCAGAAGUGUACUGGGAUGGUGGACACGGGCGCAAAGAUGAACAUUAUCAGGGAGAAGGAGGCGGUGAUGAUAGGCAUGGAGAUCGACCGCUCGGACCAUGGCAUGCUGCACGGCGCUAACUGCAAGGCCGCCUUUUGCGACACAGCGUCAAAUGUGAUUAUAGAGAUUGGGAAGGUGCGAGCCAGGACUUGCUUUUUCGUUAUGCCCGAUGUCGAUCACCCCAUCCUUCUGGGGCGGUCGUUUCUGUGCCGGACGGGAAUGUUAAUCUUCAACAAGCACGACGGGGCAAUGAUCCUGCUCCUGUGCGACCCGGCGUGUGGGAAUUAUGAAGUUAUCACCUGCCAGAACACGGGGCCGGGGAGCAGAAGGAAUAGGCCCAAUCUAGGCUCGUUCACCUUUGAGGAAUCAGAGAACAAGUGGAGACGGCUUUGGGAAGUGCCCGAGGAGGAAGAUAGGGUUGAGGUGCUGACAUUGAGCCUCACGAAUGUGAAUAAGGCCAUGGAGGUGGUAUCGGCUCACGACAUGGCGGAUCCAGAGGCCAUUAAGGCAUUGAGGGAACAGGUUUUGGAGAACCUUCAGGUUCUGGGGUUACUGGAGGAAGAUAACUUGACGGCGAGCGGCCCCAAGUCGAAACAUUGUAUGAGGGAGGCCACGAUUCUAGGCUUUGUCUGUAAUGAGAGUGGGCGAAGGUCUGAUGUAAAGAAAAAAGACAAGAUUCUUGAGUGGUCGGUGCCCUUCCGCUCGAUAACAGAUGUGAGAAGCUUCCUUCGGACGUGCGGAUUUUGGAGGAGCUUUGUGAAGGACUUUGCCACGAAGACGGAGCAUUUAAGGAAGUUGGUGCGCCAGGAUCAAAAAUGGGUCUGGGGGGAAGACCAGGAAGAGGCGGUUGGUAGGAUGAAGGGAGAGUUUAAGGAAGGAGGCUUGGUAUUGGGAGCGCCAAACUAUAAGGCCACGAAGGAAAGACCAUUCGUCAUUGAGACGGAUGCUGGGCCAACUGCCUUGGGAGGAGUCCUGAUUCAGGCAGAUACUGAGGGGAAGGAGAGGCCACUAAGAUUCGAGAGUACGCAUAGUCUGGUGGAGGAAGUCAAGACAAUAGAGGAAGGCCCCACUCAGGUAGAGGAGCAUGAGCAGCUAAUAGGAGGGAUGUACCUGCUCACCAAUACACUCCUGCAAGGAGACUUCGACCGGAAGGGCUCGUUCAGUCACGAGGAAAAUGAGAUUCUGGCUGCUGAAAGCCGAGACGACGAAUUCGAGGAAGGAGAAAUCAAGGAGGCGUUUCGGGCGGAGGAGUACGAUGGGAUCUACCGGGAGUUGGGGUUGCUCCUAUCAUGAGGAGUGGAUGCAGAUGCUGCCCCUCUGGACACGGAGGGCGGAGAGGUCGUUGGCGAGGCAGAUCCGGGACAGGGCACACGAUUGGGAGGACUGCCAGGCCCAAUUGAGGCAGGCAUUUCGACGAUUGGAGCCCGAGAGACCAGAGUCGAGGGUGGCGAGACGGGCCCAGAGGCGAGAGGGACCACUACGACCAGAGGGGGCCGAAAGGCCUUGGCACAGCGAGAGGGGCCAGCAGAGGCCGCCCAGGCCGUGGAGCCAGGUCAGGUCGCGGGGCCAGCUCAGGUGGCGGAGCUACCCCCUACCUAUGGACUCGAGCAGGUGGAGUUUCGCCGAAUCACGGGCAGUGAUCUACGAGGCCCGUCGCCGACGUUACCAGAGGGGGCAGAGGCGGUGCCGUUGAGGACGCCGCUCGACAGGUUGGAGGCUCAUCUCGACGCGUCUCAGUGGGGGGCGUCACAGCUGGGAGCGGACCAGAGCGGAUCGGCAUGGUAUGAGCCAGUAGAGGAUGAGCCAGAGGAGGAGCCACCUGAGCCGGGGCCUGAGGCGGGGUCUCGCGAACCCAAGGAGCCGCAGACUGAGGGGGUUAUCACUGUUGGGGAUGAUACCCCUCCUCCGACCCCGAUUCUAGAACAGGCGCAGCAGUAUUUGCCUGAAGGAAUUCCUGAACCGGACAGCGAGGAGAUGUUCGGGCCCCCACCGGAAGCUACUACGCCACCCCCGACGCAGGCGGAGCCAGAAGGGGGCGAGAGGGCGAGGACACCUACUACUGUGGCGCCGCAACUAACUGAGUCUACAGGUGCAUGCAUGGAUGUGGAGGUGCCGACAUCCGGGGAACCUCCGCCAGGGCCACCACCAGCAGAGGAAGGGACAGGUGAGAGAGAUCCACUGCGAGAGGGUCACGAGGCGAGGACAGGGAAGCCACCGGGGGAGACGAGAGAAGAGAAGCGCGCGAGGGUGCAGGUACUCCUCGAGGAGCGAUACCAGGAAAAGCUUAGGAUGGAGGCCGCAGGAGAAGCGCCAAAGCCGCCAAUCGACCCUCCGACGAGCGAGCAGAGGAUUAGUAAGGCUUGGGCCAGCUAUGAGAGCGAGAGGGAUGCGGCUCGCCUGAGGAUGGAGAUUGAGCGUGCAGAUAGGAGAAUAGGUGAGGUGGCGGUCUCGUCCUUCCAACGGUACUCCAUGCUUAGCGAUGAGUUGGCGGCCUCGAGGUUAGAGGUGGGACAGUUGUCCACCCAACUGGCAGAAGAGAGGGCAGAGAAUCAAGCAUGGAGGUCCCGUAUGGAAGUUAAGGAAGCGGAAUGGGAGAAGAGGCUCCAGGACAUGGCGGCGAUGGCAGAAGAGAGGGCAGAGAAUCAAGCAUGGACGGAGCAAAGCCGGUAUGGUAUCCAGGCAGAGGAGGUACAGGGGCUCUUUGGCCGGGAAGGGGCGACAGAGCCACCUCAGCAAGGAGGGAUGGGGAAGGUAUUCCUGGACCCAAUAGAGGCAGCAGCACGGCGGGAGGCCGAGGAGGGGAGGUUCAGCUUCAGGAUGCCCACGGAGUUGGCCUCGCAACAGGCCACCCCUAUGACGAUUGAGAUCUCUGAGGGCGAGCCGGCGCAGGGACCCCAACCUCCAGUGGAGGAAGGGGGCCCCACAGAGGAGUCCCCUACGAUCCUUUUGGAGGUGCAGGAGGGUGCCCUUACGGGAGCAGCAGCAUCCACGGAGCAGCAUCCACGGAGCCGGAGACAAUGGGGGGAGAGGCGUCUCGACUGGAUGAGUUAGUGGCAGCUAUGGAGUUGGACAUACCGUCAGGAGAGCCUCAGAGACAGAAGACCCCAGAGC